AUGUAUGAAGGGAUUAACAACUUGAAAUCCCUUUACGACCGUGCCGGGAAGACUUUCUCCGGCAGUCCUUCUGCGGCACAGGAUGUGCCGCGUCGUACUGCUCAACCAGACCCAGUACGUCGAUCAUCAGUUGGGAGCGGGGCUCCCAAGAAUCCCAGGACGGGGGAUAGCCGCGCCACCGAACGAGAUAACUCGUCCGACGUCCGUUCACGUCGCGGUGGUUCAACAGCUGCUCAACUAGAUAGCGCUGGCCACCGCGAGAGUCCUCUAAUGGAGGUGGAGGAGGAGGAAAGACGCUCUCCACACGAUCAUGGGGAUCCGUGUGUUCCCGAGAGCUUCUUUGAUCGCGUAACGCAAGGGUUACGCGACGAUCUCGAACAUGAGCGGGACAGGCGUCUCCAAAUGGCGGACACUGCCUCGAAGCAUCGAGCUGAGUUUGCCUUUGCUCAGCUUGAGAUCGAGAGAUCUCUGACAUCUCUUCGUGACGAGCUAAGGGUAGCUCGUGGGAUUGUUGAUCGGUCUCGGGAUGAGAUAGCUGCUCUUCAGACCCUUGUUGAUGCCCACCAUCGGGAGCACAAGGCUCUCUGCGAGAUGCUUGAGCGCAAGGGCGUUCUUCAUCGGAAGAAGCAGCGUACUGAUGGUACGGCUUAA